GUGGAAGUCGGGUUCCCGACUCAGCUUCCCUCUGACUGUAGCAAGUUAUUGCUUGCUGGUGCCAACGCCCGGCGAAACGGCCAGCUAACAUAAACUAACGUAGCGGAGACACGGAGGGACAUUGCAGCCAACCUUAUUGGCAGCAGAAUCAGAAAGCACAAAGAUGCAGACUAUCAAAUGUGUGGUGGUGGGUGAUGGAGCCGUGGGAAAGACCUGCCUAUUGAUUUCAUACACCACCAACAAAUUCCCCUCUGAAUAUGUACCAACAGUGUUUGACAACUAUGCAGUUACUGUAAUGAUUGGAGGUGAACCAUACACCCUUGGCUUAUUUGAUACAGCAGGUCAGGAGGAUUAUGACCGGUUACGACCACUAAGCUACCCACAGACAGACGUCUUCUUAGUCUGUUUCUCAGUUGUUUCACCCUCCUCCUUUGAGAAUGUUAAAGAAAAGUGGGUUCCUGAAAUAACUCACCACUGUCCCAAGACCCCAUUCCUGUUGGUCGGCACUCAGAUUGACCUGCGUGAUGACCCCUCCACAGUGGAGAAGCUAGCCAAGAACAAACAGAAGCCAAUCACCCCUGAGACGGCCGAAAAGCUUGCUCGGGACCUUAAGGCAGUCAAAUACGUCGAGUGCUCAGCCCUAACACAGAAAGGAUUAAAGAAUGUGUUUGAUGAGGCAAUACUGGCUGCCCUGGAGCCUCCUGAACCUAAGAAAAGAAGUAAAUGUGUUCUGCUCUAAGUUUCGCCGCAGCCUUCGCCACACCAGUUUCCAAAUGUAGGUUAACAGUACUGAAGAGGUUUGCUGCACAAGCACAUUCCAACACGAGUUGAGGUAUCAUGAAAUAUUUGCCUUCUGACUGACUUAAACUGUAUGUGACAUUAUGAAAUAACGUUUCAGUUAGACCACAUUAUGUUUAGAGUUCAUCUUCCAGAAGUGUUAUUCUAAAGAACGGACUAUGAAGUGAUAUUUUAAUAGAACUACUGUUGUUUCGAUUGCCUUGUAAAACACAAACAAGCUGAUUAUGAUGGGUUAGAGAGAUGCUCACAUUAUGUCUUAGUAUGUCCUACAUUUGUUUUUUGUACGUUUAUAGUAACUUCCGUAAAGUUAAUAAUUUCUACUGUAUGUUCAGGCCUGCGCACAAGACUGCAUUUAGUUCACACUGCAUCGCUCUUCCAUUAGUGAGUGUCUACUGAUCCAGAAUCUUGCUAGCGUCUUAAAACGUUAAGAAUGACAGGUUUUGCAAAGGGGUAAUUAAAGUCACUGCAUUUUUACAUAAUUUCCUGUUCAAUGUCAAGAUGGCCCCUUGCGGAAGACACAUUUGCCGUAAUAUGACAUUUCUAGGCUAUGCUCCACCGUAGCUCUAGUUUGUUCUAACAAGACGUGAUAAAUUGACACCUGUCAGAGCAGAGAUCCACAGAAGCUGACUAAAAAGUGGGAAAUGCAUGGAGCUUGAGAUUUAAAUGCAGCGAUAACCCUCCAUUGGAAGCCAUGUACCAGAAAUAGCCACUGUCAGUUUUAAGUAACUACAUGCAAGGAGUUAAAGCACAGCAGUUUGCCACUCAUUUACUUUUUGAGACAGAAGUGAGUUAACAAGAAAGUGAUCUCCUGAAUGCUUAUUAAAAGUUGCAAUGGCUGAACUUUGUGGGAGCAGUUCAGCCUAUAACCCCAGGCUAAUGAACUAUUUUGUGAAAUGAACACACUUGCUGCUACACCGCAGCGUCAUUAAGUCAGAUAGCAACACAUCGAUACAAAAAGCUAUACUGUCUGUUUGAGAUCCUGUGAAUAUUUGAGUGGCUGAACGAGCACUAUUUGCAUUUGUCUUUUACUAUAUCCAUGGCUGGAUGGUGGGCUUGAAUUUGUAAAUAUAGUGAAAUUAACUGGUAACUUAUUGACUAUACAAUGUGUGCAUUACUGACAACGAGAUUUAGAGAAGCAGAGAUGACACUGAAAUCAAAUUAACCGGGAAAAUAUUAAGAGAACGAGUUGCUUGGACUCUGAUUUUUAUUCAAAUUGACAUCAAAGUUGUACUGUAUAUUGCAUCACAAUAAACCAGUAUUAUGAAUAAACCUAA